AAUAUGUAGUUGUUAAUAUAAUGAUAGCCAUGCUUGAAAACUUCCACUUAUAAUCGCGUUGGUUGAAAUCAUUGAGUUUUAGAAUUCAAUGGUCUUGCAGAACUCAAUGGUUGAAAUUAGGUGGGAGAGAAACUGUUAAGAGCAUGAACCUGUGUAACUCCGCUCACAUUUUCAUUUAAAAUUUCCCAAUUUCCAUACAAGGCAUGGUGGGAUUUGUGUUUUUGGCAACAUGUUGCGCGUUAAUAAAAUAGAAUAAUUCCCAGGUAAUUGGUAUCAUAGAUAUUAGUAUACAGGUCAUUGAACCAGUUAUUGUUUCGCGCCCCUUGUCCUGAUGGUCACUUGUCAGCGGCUUAACGACAACAAAGAACAUAUCUCAAAAUGGCGGCGGAGUGGGACAAUCUUAUUCCCGAUACAAGAGAGAAAGUGUCUAUGAUAAAAGAAGAUUUUCACGAUGAAAUAUACGGUAGUGCGCGAAACAAACAUACAGGAAAUAGAAAACCGAAGACGAAAAAACCAAAGUUUAAUGAAAAAGAUGGCUCAAAUCAUGAUCAUAAUGAUUUUAUUAUGCAGUACACAGACAUAUUUGAACCAAGUACGCAACCAAAAUUUGAAUUUAUUGACAUGGAGGAAGGUGAUGCUAUAGUGGAGUCUUCUGAUAACGAAGUUGUGGCACAUAGUGGUAAUGUCAUGAAGUAUCUACGUCAAUCAUCGUCCAAUGAGGAAUCUGAAUAUAGUGAUGAUCCUUCACGUUUACCUCCGUCAGAUCUAGUUGAGGAUACUUAUGGUAUUGAUGUUGAUUUAAGACCUGGUAAUGGGAUCACUGAUGAUUACGAGGAGUAUGAUGUGGGUGUUGGGGAUCAUGGGUAUCAAAUAAUAUAGAAACUAGGUUGGGGCCACCAGAAGAAAUACCGGUUGACGUCUUGGUGGAUUUGUCAAUAGAGGAGAGAAAAAGUGGAGAUUCUGGUGUAGAUGAUCGUGAAAUAUUGUCUGAGGUUGUUGUGGACGAUGGUGACAUUGAUAAGGUGAAAACUCUGUCAGUUGAAGUGGAAGAAGAGAAAAAUGAAAAUGAGGAAGAUGAAAUGGAAGAUGUGGAAGCAGAUGCGGAGUUGAAAGAUGUCAACGUGGAGAGUAAUGAUGAUACCGGUGCCGAGACUGAUCCAUUAAUUGUUAAUGAAUCAUCGAAGAAUGAGAAUAGUGAUAAAGCAAAAGCAAAGUUAGUCAGUGCUGGUACACAAUCACAUGAAUUACAACCACUUCUUGCCUCUCCUUCCCAGUCACCUCCACCACCUGAUCAAAAAAAAUUCAAGCCCAGAGAGCAUCCAGGUAAGGCUGUCAAAUCUCGGGCCAUUGGUACUGAUAAAGUCACUCCAAACCGGGAACACCCCAAAGAGCCUCCCAAGGUUCGGUAUAUCGGCGAAAAACAAGAGACAAAAAAAUCUCGAAGUGACGCAAAUCAACGCCACAAUCUUGAAAAUGGUAACCGCACACCCCAGCAAGGGUAAGAAAGCAGGCUCACCUAUGACACACAAUCCUCGUCCCAAAGCUAAACCACGUGACAGAACGGAGUCACCACGUGAUAGAGCUGUUCAUUCGAGUGAUGCGAAGUUCUUUAAAUCUCGCUUAUCACAGACGAGUAAGAGGUAUCCUAACAGACAUGUAUGGCUUGUGAGGGAUAGCGAAAUACAUCGUAUGAUUGCAGAGAAAACAACGAUAUUACGUCGACAUAAUAAAGAAAAUGGAAGGAAAGGGAAAAAGUUCAAAGGCCCCAACUAUUCAGAAGUAGAUGUCGUCGGUCUUCCCUCUGUUGGUUUCUCUGGUCGAACCAAAGAUGACUCGUAUCGUUCAUCAUUACCUUACGACCGCCAUCCAUCCUCGCGGUUAUCACAAAGUGGCUACGGCGCGCGUGAUUCAUACGAGGAUGAAGACGAACGAACUGACAGGCUUGCUGGUAGAGGAGGAAAGACAGGAACGUUUGCUGUCGGUUUAGCUGCAAGAAGAGAACAAGCGGAGUUUUCAAAGUCAAACGUUGUUGAUGAUUUUGAUGAUGGUUGUGAGUUGUGUGCUGUUGAAGCCAAGGAGAAAGAAAGGCAUGAGAAGAAACUCAAAGAACUCGAGGAAAGCGCCAAAGCUGGACCGCAUCAUCCGCGAAACUUGCUGUUAGGAAUUGUUUAUUCUGCCAAGUUUCUUGGUAGUACACAUCUUAUGUCGCCUUCUUCUCCAAGCAAAUCUAUACGUUUGGAGCAAGCACAGGAAGCUAUUGGUCGUAUAAAGGUACCGGAAGGGGACGUACAACCAUCGUCUGACAUUGAUCUUUUUAUAUCAACUGAACGUAUUAAAAUUGUUAGCGCUGACAAAAAGCAAUCGCUGAAUGAUCAUCAUUUAAAAACGAUAUCAUUUAUCGCUGACAUUGGUAACAUAAUUGUCGUUAUGGCGAGACUCGACUUGGAGGACGAAAGCAAAACAUGGUCUGGAAAGAUGCCUGACUUUAAACCUAACAAGGAGAAACAAGAAGCAAAAACGACGAGAGUCGUUUGUCAUGUACUUCAAACAUCCGAGGCCCAAAUAAUCGCGAAGAGCGUUGGUCAGGCGUUCAGUAUCGCUUACCACGAGUUUCUUAAGGUGAAUGGAUUAAAUCUUGCUGAAAUUGAAGAUAUGGAGUAUAAUGGAAUAUUGGAACAACAGAAAAUUCUCGGAGAGGAACUGUCUCUGUUGGCUGACGAGUCUAAGACAAAGGAGGUUGUUAUUCAUAAAAAGUAUGGCGAAGCUUUGCAAAUCAUGAUUGUUGAAACCGGUUGGGGUUCUAUGGUACCAACGGUUGUCAUCGCUCAUAUGGAUAAUAAAGGCGUGGCUGCUAAGUCAGGCCAGUUAAAUGUUGGUAAUCAAAUACUCUCUGUGAACGGUCAAAGUCUUGUUGGCCUGCCUUUGUUGGAGUGUCAGAAUAUACUAAGAGCCCAAAAGUACGAAGAGAGAGUAGCUUUGAAAAUAGUCUUGUGUCCUCCGACUGUGGAGAUUUGCAUCAACCGUCCUGACAUCAAGUAUCAACUAGGAUUUAGCGUACAGAAUGGCAUGAUUUGCAGUCUAAUGCGAGGUGGCAUUGCAGAGCGUGGAGGCAUCCGUGUUGGUCAUAAAAUCAUAGAAAUGAAUGGAGAAAGUGUUGUUACAGCAUCUCAUCAUCACAUUGUUGAUAUUUUACAAACAACUACUGGAGAGUUGAAAAUGAAGACAAUGCCUAUAACGUUGUACAAACUGCUCAUUGGCGAUGAAAUUCCACAAUAUUUAUGAUAGAACGACAGAAAUGUUGGCGAGUUUAGGAGAAGCAGAAUAUACAUCCUUCAUAUUUAUGGCGAAAGAGGUUUUGUGUGCGUUUUUAAAGAAAUUUAAGAAAGCAAUCACGUUGUCUGACAACGGAAUUUGUUUUGUGAACGAGAAAACAUACAUGUUUUGAGAAAUUUUUGCUUACUUACAGGAUGUAACAUUUACUGUUUGUGUAAGGUAUGUAGUACAGAAAUUGACAACCUGUUA